AUGAAAUUCAUCGCUGCCUUCGCUGCAAUCUUGGCCGUCGCCGCCGCAGCUCCGGUCUCCUGGACCUUGACGGAAGUGUCUGAGGCUUUACAGAACCCCAACACCCACCCGGCUCUCAUCCCGUUCCUCGAGCAAGCUCUCAAUGAGAUGAUGGAUGCGAUCUACGCUGGAUACCCUGCUGAUGCCGUCCAGGUAGCUGUACCCGUUGUUUCCACAUGGACCCUCCAAGAACUUGACGCGGCUCUGCAGGACCCUACGACAAACCCCGCGCUGGUUCCUUACUUGGAGCAUGCUCUCAACGAGCUCAUGGAGGCUUUGAUGUCAGGACAUGAAAUUGUAGCUGUUCCCGUUCUAGUUCCAGCCGACCUCGCCCCCGUGGAGGCGGAGACUCCCAUAGUGCCCGCGCCCGUCCCUGCUCCCAUUCUCAACCCCAACCCCAGCCCAGCCCCUGCUACCUCCAAGCCCUUGGUGCAGAUCAUCAUCAACGUCAACAAGCCAGGACAGGCCCCUUCUCCCGCGAUCCAGGCACCCGAAAUCACCCCCAUUCCCGUGUCAGUAGUCGAACACGCUGAGGACAACAGCGUCAACCCCGUUGACUCGAUGCUGCCCGGUGGCGUCGCUAUUAACCCCAUCAUUCCUGGACCAGUGAUCGGACCCAUGGCUUAA